AUGCAGCAGACUAGUACUGCUGCGGGCUUUGCCUUCAGGCGUGCCUGCCAACAGGGAAAUAUGCGGGCGGUGCAGGACUUUAUUCGCCACGGCUGUGAUGUGGAGAGCACUGCGGACGAUGGCUGCACGGCACUUUGGCUGGCGGCGGAGGCGGGCCACGCGGAGGUCGUUGAGUUUCUCUGCUCGAGAGGAGCCAACGUGAAUGCCGGCAAACAAUCCGGACACGCCACACCACUUUUUGUGGCGGCCCAAAAUGGAUGCUUGACUGCAGCGCGGGUGUUGCUGCAUUACGGCGCGGAUCCCAACAGCUGCAGAGACACUGGAGCCACGCCGCUGUUUAUUGCGGCACAGCAGGGGUAUCUAGAGAUGCUGCAGCUGCUGCUUGACAGCGGGGCGCGGGCUGCGAUAAGAAAUCGUCAGGGAGUUUCCCCAAUGAUGGUAGCAGCGUAUCAGGGACAUGUGAAUUGUGUCUUGUUGCUCUUGGAGGCGGGGUGUGAUCCGUAUGAAGUGGCGCUGGGGCGGAACACAAUUGAGUGGGGCGAAGCCGGUGGCUUUGGAAAAGAAGUUGCACAGGCUGUAAUGCAGCAAUUAGGAACUCUUAAAACUGAAGAGAAGGAAGAGAAUGUAAUUCCCUGGCGUUCACCUAGUACUAGUGGCAAAAGUAAUCUAGUGCGUGGGCAACAUCGGGAUGCACACUCCUACUUGGGUCUAUCGAGAUCUGCAUCGGAAACUUCAGGAAAAACGCAUGAUUGUCGAGGUACGUCUCUGCACAGUACCGUGGGGAGUAAUUAUGAACCUCAGUUUCUAUUACGUAAGCAACAACACUCACGCUCUGCGAAUACAGGAACGAAGGAUCUCAGCAGACAAUCUGGGUGUAGUGAAUCUGUGAAGAGUCGUGGUUUACGAUCUUCUUCCCAUGUCGUGAAGUCAUCAUCGUCUGCACCUUCUAGUCGACUUCAGGAGAUGAUAAAACGUGAAAUAGAGGAAAAUGCGGCCUUUGAGAAGAUGCAGAGAAGUCGUUUUCAGACUAACGGCUCUGGAAAGGUUUUUAGUGAUGUAUCGGAACCUGUAAAGGUGAAAGAGACCCAUGAAAAAUGGGAAAUAUGGAAACAAAUGUUGCAGGAACGAUUGAGUGAUUGA